UCAUCAUCACCCUCUGGAUAAAUACAAAACCUUCCCUAAAGCAGGCGGCGACCACCGCACUCGUAAUACCCAAUCCAUCUCCCCAGCUAUUUCCAGUUCACCUGCCUUCUUCUUCUUCAUCUUCUUCCUUUUCGCUUCCCACGCCGAUUUUAUAAAAUCCCUCUUCCCCUUUCUCCCUUUCUCCCGCAUUUGAUCCAGCACGAAUAUGCUUACGACUCAAGACGCCAUGGCCGCAGCCUCCUGCCCUCCCCCCGAUCCCUCCUGCGACGCCGACCUCCUCCGCCAUCUCCUUCUCCUCUCCCACGACGUCUCCUCCUCCUCGUCGUCGUCUUCUUCUUCAUCAUCCUUCUCGCACCUCCGCGUCAAUCCCAACUUCGCCUCCGUCCCCCGCAGCGUCAAGCAGCUCGCCCUCCUCUUCGAGGAGCUACUCCGAGAGUACUCGGACGUCGGCCGUUGGCUCCCUCGCUCCGCCUCCCUCUGCUGCCGCGAGAUCCUCCUCGUCCUCCACCGCCUCAAGCUGCUGCUCCGCGAGCGAUCCGCCCGCAGCCGCGCCUGCUUCCUCUUCCGCGCCGAGUCGUUCGCUGCGGAGAUGCACGAGCAGGUCGUCGAUCUGGCCACCUUCAUCGAGAUCCUCCCGCUGGCCGAUCUCAGAAUGUCGGACGAUGUCCGGGAUCUCGUCCGCCUCCUCCGACGCCAACUCCGCCGAUCCUCCGCCGCCGUCGAUCCGUCUUCCCUCGCCCUCCGGGGGGACCUCCUCGAGCUCAUCGCGAGUGUCGAAGGCGGCGCCGCGCCCGAUCGGAGAGGGAUGCAGGGGAUCUUCCGUCGGCUUGGCCUCGGGGACUCCCGGAUCUGUCGAUUCGAGAUCGAACGGCUGGAGUGCGACGUCGCGGCCGGCGCUGUAGAUGAGAGGUGGGCGGCGGCCAUGGUGGCGCUUGCCUCGAUCCUCCGAUACGGCAGCUGCGUUCUCUUUGGUGCCUCGACUCCACGAUCGGACUCCAGCAAAUCGCCUUUCUCGCCAGCGGAGGACCUUGUAGUGCCGGAUGAUUUCAGAUGCCCUAUAUCGCUGGAUCUGAUGCGCGAUCCGGUGGUUGUAGCCACCGGGCAGACAUACGAUCGGGAUUCCAUUGUACGGUGGAUCGGCGCCGGCCAUGCUACAUGCCCUAAUUCCGGACAGGUGCUCUCACACCUCGAGCUCGUCCCCAAUCAGGCCCUCAGGAACCUCAUCGCCCGAUGGUACGGAAGCAACAAUCUCACCUUCGACGGAUCUGACCUCGCCAAUAGCAACAACGCCGCAAACAAGAUAGAUGUUUCUUCUGACAAUGGUUCCGCCCACGCAGAGACCAACAAAGCCGCCCUCGAGGCGGCGAGAUUAACGGCGUCCUUCCUCGUGGACGAGCUCGAAGCAGCGUCCUCUGUAGAUGCUGCGCACCGGAUCGUACAUGAGCUCCGUCUUUUGGUGAAGCACAGCUCAGAUAACCGUGCCUUCGUGGCGGAGGCCGGCGCCAUUCCGCUGCUCCUCCCGCUUCUCAAAUCGGUUAACACCGGGAUGCAGAUCAACGCUGUGACCGCGUUGCUGAACCUGUCGAUUCUGGAAGCCAACAAGCGGAUCAUCAUGCACACGGACGGCGCCAUCGACGGCAUCGUCCACGUUCUAGCAGAGGGAGUCUCGUGGCAGGCGAAGGAGAACGCCGCUGCCACCGUGCUAAGCCUCUCCGCCGUUCACUCCUACCGGCGGCGCCUCGCGCGGCACCACCGCUUGGUCGAGGUUCUGGUGCAGAUGGCGCGCGAUGGUCCCACCAGCGCUAAGAAGGAAUCCAUGGCCGCCGUGCUGAGCCUCGCCGGAGACCGGGAAAACACAUCUCGUCUGGUCGAGGGCGACGUCGUGGCAGUGGCCUUAGAAGUCGCUGCCGAACCCGAGGUCGCGGAGGAGGCCGCCGCGGUGCUGGCGGCGAUCGCGAGGAGGGGCGGAGUGGAGGCGGUAGCCGGGGCAAAUGGUGCAGUGGCGCGGCUCAUCGGAGUGCUUCGCCGCGGGUCCGACUUGGCAAAGGAGAGCGCCGCGGCGGCGCUGGUGGCGAUCUGCCGGCAUUCAGGGGCGGCCGCCGUGGCGGAACUGGCGGCAACGCCAGGGAUCGAUUGGGUGAUAUGGGAACUGAUGGGGGCUGGGACCGAGCGGGCGAGGCGGAAGGCAGCGUCGCUUGGCCGGAUCUGCCGUCGCUGGGUGGCGGCGGUGCAGGAUGCGCGGACGUCCAGAUUCUCCGCCGCGAACGUGACGCCGCCUACGACCGUUGCAUAGAGUUGAAAGGUCAACACAGCACGUCGCUGCCACACACCCAUCCGUUAGACAUUCCCCCACACUAAAUUGGACGGACGUGAUUCUUUCUCCAAGAACUGUGCAUAAACGACCGGAUUCUUUUUCUUUUAAUUUUAAUUUUGAUUUAACUUUCUUUUCUUUCUGAGGCAACGGAGAAUGCAAAAUGGGAUUCUUCGUCGUUUCAGAAAAUUAUAAUUCAAAUUGUUCUUCGAAAGCACUGUAAACAUCCAUACGAGUGUGUUAUCGUGCGUUGUUUGGGUUGACGUGGACAAAAUGAACUUCGCAGUCGGAUGAUAUUUAUUAAAUCCACCAGUUUUCAAAA